AUGGCGAACCCUCAGCAAGCUUCGCCGCGGCCAUGGAUGCUCGACCUCGUACCUCUCAUAGUCGUUCUCCUCGUCGUCUCUCACAAAGUUGUUGUUGAUAGUGAGAAGACUUCGAAUCAUCGACACAAGGUACUUAGCCUGGAAUUUCUUCUCCCAAUCGUCCAGCACGCCGAUUUCCUUCUCCGUGAGGCCGUAGAGGUUGGGGACGACGUCGCUUUCGUCCUUGCUCAUCUUGGCGAGCGCGCGGCUGGCGUCCUUGCCGGCGAAGACGCAGUACGCGCCGCCGGGGCCGUAGAAGGACUUGCCGGCGGUUACGUCGUAAAUCUGGCCGCGGACUGCCACAUAGAUCGGCUUCGAUGGGUCGGUGCCGUCGUAGUUUUUCAGCUGCUGUGGAGUGAGCUCCAUUGA